ACGAUUCCGAUUCGGAAAGCGCUUAAAAGAGAAGCCGAAGAAAAAAGCAAAAAAUCAUCAUAAAGUGCAAUCUUUGCCAAAUUCUCUGUCUUUUUCGAAUAAAAUACUCCAAAUAGGUGUAAUAAAGUUCCAAAACAAGUGAAAUCAAAAAGUUUCUAUAAAGAAAAUCGAACUAGGUAUUGUACCGGCGGAUUUGGUUAUUUUAGGGGUACGAAUUGCGGCUGCUAGCUAAGCGGCAUCAAAUUCCGAUAGAUUUACGUACCCUACUGUUAAAUCUAAAACACGGUUCCAACCUGUCCGUUGUGCAUGUUGAUACCACCUGUCUUUAAAAUCAUCUUUGAUUAGGGAAACAAAAGGAUCAUAGCCAGAUAGAGUAAAUCGAUUUCCUUUUCGAGAAAAGCAGAAAGCGAAAAUCUUGAACGGUGGUGUGAUGCUAUGCUAAUUAUCAUUCUCAUCGGAACAGUUCAGGUCGGACGCGUUUUGAAAAAUCUCCUGCUAAAGAGCGUCAACUCGCCGGUUCACAUUAUUUUUUGGAUUGGUCGCAAAUUUCGCAAUCUACUAGGUAUGGACAAGAUGGGAAAGAACACCUCCGUCGGGUCCAACGCUGCAACAACAAUCGUUUUCAACAAGGACGAUAAGCAGCACUGCUUUGAUAUUGGAGGUCGCAGCGUGACCGUUGUGGGCAACGUAGGCAAGCAUGAUCACGGUAGCUCGAAGGUUAAACUAAAGAACAUCGUCGACUACAAAUGGGAGCAACGGAAUUAUCCGGGAAGACUGAUCGCUUGUCAUGACGAUGGCAAACUGAUAGCGUAUGCUAUUACAGUUAACCAUCGUGCGACUCCAGAAGGCAUGGUUCGUAUUGUGCAUUUAACGCUUAGCCAGCGAGCGCUUAUCAAAGGGUUGUCCGGUGAGGUACUAGAUCUGCAGUUUGCCCAUACUUCUUCGUCGAUUUUACUUGGCAUCAUCGAGCAAAUGGCGCUACACGUGCACAAGAUUGAAAUUGUCAGUGAAAAAAUCGUUUGCACACGGCUGCUGAAAAUAAACGACCCGAUCGACGGUCAUGUUCCGGUUUGCGACAAGAUUUCCUGGUGUCCGUACCUGCAGGAUAGUGCCUACGAAGAUCAGUAUGCCAGCCAGUUACUAGUUUGGACCCGAGGUGAUUCCUUCCAGUGCUACAGUAUUAGUACGGUUGUACAACACUACGGCCAAGGUGAAAUAGCCGGAAAGGAUAUCUCCGAGGGCGGUUUCAAGUUUCGCGACUCACUUCCCAUCAUAACCGGAGCUACUUUCUCGGGGGAUGGCACAACGCUCGCUGUUAGUUGCGAUGACGGUGUGAUGCGAUUUUAUCAGGUGUAUCAACACACGAACGAUAGCAACCCACGGUGUCUGCAUCAGUGGAAACCGCAUGGCGGGAAAGCUAUCAGCAGCUUUUUCUUUUUGGAUUAUACGGAGCAGGCGGGAGAUCGAACCCUUUGGAAGCAUGCUGUUACAUGUUCUGAUAACAAUACCGAAAUUAAAGUAUGGUCUUGUGAAACCUGGGAAUGUACGCAAACGAUCAAGUUCGUUCUUCCAACAGACCAACAGCUUUACUUUAAAGCGGAAAUUGAUGCAACAUCAUCGUAUUUAAUUCUUUCGGAUAUAACUACGCGAGAGUUAUAUGUGCUGCAAAUACGCAAAGAGAUGGGACAACCCUCGGAUACCAGCUCUGUGACCAACGGUAAAUCCUGCGAAGAAAGUUACACCUGCUCCAAACUGGCCGAAGCCAAAUCGAAUAAGGAUUCAUCGAACACAACGGCUGUAUCGAUAGCCAGCUCUACGAAUAACGGCAGUACUGUCACUAAAGCAUUCAUCUCAUCAAUUGCUGAGUUUCCGCUAUCAUCUCCCAUUCUUAGUUUCGGCAUUCUAGACGCCGCCGUUCGAAUGUGCAAAACCAGCGAUGCAUAUCUAAUUGAAGAGUUGGAUGAUUAUGACGAAGAAAACAGUGCCCUCUAUUGCGUGGUGAUUCAUAUGUUUCUAGUGCAACCUAAAAGUGUCCAGGAAUGUCAUCUAUUCUAUCAGCCAAAUGUUGCAUUUGGAUCUGCCGUUCGUAGCACUAUUUCCAGUAUAAGCAGCGAAUAUAGAAAUAUUUCUCAUUCCUCGAUUGGUUCACCGGGUGGUGGUAAGGACGACGAACGUACGAACACUGUAACGUCACUGAUGGACAUGAUCAGCAAAGGCAGUGCGAGUAAUGCGAGUUCGACAUCUAAAGCAGGUGAAGAAGGUUCACUCAACUCAUCCACUAAGGCGGACAAUGUCCAACCAAAGGAGACCGAGGAAACUCAAAAAAGUUUUACCCCUGCCGCCCCUCCGGCUUCAGCAUCUAUAACAAACUUGUCAAACACGAGUACCGGUAGUGCCUCAGGUAACCAGCAUAAGCACACCAUUAAUUUAAUGACACCUGAUUCAUUCAGUUCCACCAGUGACAAAACAGACCAGCACAAAAAUGAUGAAACCGUGAAUCCGAACGUCUUGAGUACACUUCUUAUGUUGGCCAAUGUAACUAAACAGCAACAACAACAGCAGCAGCAGCAACAACAACAGCAACAAAUUAACAGCAACAAUGUCACAUCGCCCAACGAUAGUCUUAAAGAGAAACCUUCCCCAUUGAACAUGUUAAACAUUGUCAACAGCACUAUGAUAGAAGAGCAGGAACAAGCCAAAGUUCGACAGUCAGUCGAUCUACAGCAAAAGGUUAUGUUAGAAACUCCCCCUGUACCACCGAUGCCAUCGGCUGAGAUGCUCGCCAGUGGAGGCUCGAGUCCAAGCCGUGAAGUGCAAGAAAUUCUCUCUCUAAAAGAUAACGAUUGCCUGAAUGAAUACUAUGAUUCAGACAACAUUCUUCUGGACGAAACUGAUGGAAUCGGAGCAGAUGAUGACGAACUGAACGAUUUGGAGAAUGAUAUAAUCGAUGACGAGGAAGAUGAAGAACAAUACAUAUUCAAAAAUAUUGACGAUGAUGAUGAUGAGGACGAACUGCAACAACGAAGAGUAGAACCAAGACAGAACAGAUCCAAGCCAAGCGAGAAUCAAACAAAAGAGAAACCGGUAAACCAGGACAGUUCGCAGCUUAGCUUCGGAAAGUCGGAGCCAGAACAUGAAAAAGUUGACAAAAAUAGCUCCACUGGAAGCAGCGGAUGGCCCAAAGUACCCGAGGUACCCCUUCCAACACCAAACAGCUUCAUGGCUCCCGCACAAGUUCCUCCGCCGCAGCCACCGAUGAUCGUAACUGUUCCACAAAAUUCUAAACAACUGGAGGAUAUCACGCAAAAAAUGGAUUUACUUUUGGACAUCGUGCAGGCACAAUCCAGACAAAUUACGGAUCUUCGCACCCAAAUGCACGAUUUAAUCAAAUCUCAAGCCGAAAAAAAUCAGCAAUACACAUCGGUGAUCAACAAGCUGGAAGCAAGCAUUCCACGAAAGAUCGACGAUUUCUGCGUUCGGUAUGAUCGUCAACAAACAGCGAAAUUAGAAGCUAAAACAUUAAUUCAGACCCGACAAAUACAAGAUGGGUUGAUGCAACGAUUGCCAGAAAUAAUUAUUGGAAUGAUUCUGGAAAGGUUAACACCCAGAUUGACGGCAGAAAUUCAGAUACCUCUAAUGACCCAUAUAUUCCCGAAAGUUGAACAGCUUGUGCAGAGGCACAAUAUAGAAAUUGCGAACAAAUUAAAUAGUAUUGAAGCAAUAUUUCGAACCACCGUUGAAAAAGUGUGCCGCAAUCCAUCAUUCAUUGAUGCUUUUGCAAACUCUGUGCAAGUUGGAGUGAGAAAAGGUUUGGAGCAAAUGUAUCAUGAGUCACUGCGCAAUGUUAUACUGCCUGGUUACGAAAAAUCUUCGCAGGAAUUGUUCCGUCAGCUUAACCACACAUUCUCCGCAGGAACAAAAGAAUAUGUUCUCAAAAUGGAUCAAUAUCUGUCGCAGAACAAACAGGUUGCGGACCGGACAAACGAAUUGAUCGAUCUUGUGAAAAAAGUGCCCGAGAACAUAAGCACAAGCACGGAUCGACAGUAUAAAACAAAUACGACCGUACUACGAGAUGACAUCAACAGGGACUUUAAGUUGUUACAGACUAAUCUUCUCAAAGUAAUAAGAGACAGUAUCCGGUACGAAAUCGAGAAAGGUCUGGAAGCACAAGCUUCCUCACUCGAAGACUCGGUGCUAUCAGCAGUAAGAUCUCAAGCCCAAACACCAGCCCCAUCCAGUGUGGACAUUCAGGAACAAAUUCGGCAGCUGCUCGCAAGCGGUCAAAUUAAUAAGGCUUUCCAUAAAGCUCUUCUUUCUAAUGAUCUGACACUGGUUGAUUUUACGUUGGAAAAAGCUGAUUACAAACUGGUAUUCAACCCAUGUCCACUCGAGCAGACGGUACUGCUAUCACUAAUUCAGCAAAUAUCCGCCGACAUGGCUAACCACAAUGAGCUGAAACAUAGAUAUCUCUCGGACUCUAUCGUGAACCUCAAUUUUCAGGACCCAAUUACGAAAGAGCACACACCGAAGGUCAUGCGUGAACUAACACAGAACUGCCAGAGCUUUCUAAGUUCCAACCCGAGCACUCCACUAGCGACCAACAUAAAAAUGCUAAUGAUCGCUAUUCAAGGGUUGGGCUAUAAACAAUUUUGAUAUUUAUGGUAACAGCUCGCAAUGGCUAAUGGCUGCUGAGCUUUGACCGACAAUAGCUCACAUACUACAUUCAAGAUUAACAGCAUUUUGAGUUUCUUUUUUCCGACGGAUAAACACCGCUCGGAUAUGUGCAUUUUAAUACUUUUCAUAUGCUCUAAAUUUAACGUGAUAAAGAACAAAUUUUUUGAACGCUAAGCAUCGAUUGAAAACGACUGCGUUGAUUGCGUUCUUUUUUCUUUAAAAUAUCUUACCUUCCAAUAAUCUGAUCAUAGGUUUGACAGAUAUUCUAAUUCUAAUUUAAAGGUAUUUCUUUUAUUCGUUUGAAACUUGUACGAUUAUGUCAAUAUAUGGCAUCUUGUUCUUUAUUCAUCAUUGUUUAACGGAAAGAUCUUUCAAAAAGAACAAAUUCUCCGCAAUCAAUGUGGUAACUUUCAGACAACUUCCAAUCAAAAGCUAUAUUCAUUAAAAUGAAAUACAAAACUAUUGGUGAAAUAACGUUAAAA